UCCGCUAGUUUCCCUUCCCAGGCCGGCUGCUGAGCUGGGCAACCGCUGUGCCGUGCCGUGCGGUUGCUUCCCACGCGCGUCGCCUCCGAUCCCCAUCCAUGGCGGCGCCGCCUUCUACCUCCUCCUCGCCGUCCGGGGAGAUCGCCGUCGAGAGGUCACCAUCCAGCUUCGGUGGCGGCGACGCGGCGCCCUCUAGGCUCGAAUUGCUUAGCAUGGUGAAGAAACACUCGCAUUUGAUUGGAUGGACGGUCGUUGAGGCUGAAGAUGAUGCAUCCGAUGUGGAAAUGGACGAUAAAUUCUGGCAUGAAAUGCUUGAUCUUUUCUUUGUGCGUGGUAGGGUGUCAAAGAGCAGAGAAGAGGACGACCUCGUCUUCUUUGUCAAUAGCAUGAAAACACAUGGUUUCGAAGAUCCACCUCCAUUUUUUGUGCGGAGAUGGGCUCCUAAGCUUGAAAAGCUCAUCAAUGUUAGUGCGUCUGAGAUUGAUUGGGAACGUUCCUUCUAUUUGAAUUUAGUCGCUCACACAUCAUAUACUGUCACAGUUGCAAUAUGCAGCAUUGGGGAUCUUCGCAAUCGUGCAGAGAAAAGCAAGCGGUUGCCUCCAGUUUAUAAGGUUUCCAAAACUGUAUAUGCAUCCCCUACCCGUGUAAAUUUCCGACUUGAUCGAAGGAAGGCUGUAGAAACAGUACCUGCAUAUCCCAACAUUUGUUUCUCAGUUGAUGACUUCGAUGACCCUUUUGAUGCUGUGGUUUUAUCAGAUCCUGAACACUGCUAUUGUGUGAUUCUGAAUGCGCAUGAUGGGGCAGCCUUUCCUGAAGAAACUAAGUCAAAAAAUGACAGUUCAAAUAUACAAUGCGGAGCAAACUCCGGGAGCAACCAAGUGAACCCACCAAAGAGAACUCUCUUCUCAGGCUAUGUCAGCUACCAAAAUGUCCGUGAAGCUUAUGAUGCUGGCAAAUCCAAAUUUGGGAGCUUCCUAUCACUUGGGCAAGACAAUACUAAACCUGAUAAACUUUUUAUGCGGGGCCCUGAAGGACGUGGUGAAGUUGAAGUUGCUGUUUCUGGGAUUGCAGAUCAGAGCCAUGAGAGAUCGAAGAAAGAUCCAGGAGACAAUUUCCGAGUCCUUGUUCAUAGGGCGGCUUCUGCUGCAUCAAAGCUAGCAAAGCAUGCCUAUGAAGCUGCAUCUGCCAACAAACGAUUGGAUGAUGAGCUUCUGCCACUGAAGUGUUGCUUGAUGUCAGUUUCUCUUCCCUGGGACUAUAUCGCUCACGACCUGUUGCACAAGGAAACGCCUCCACUGGACUUCUGAAACUACCAUUCCAUUGGUCUGCUUUCAUAAUGAUCGUGCAAAGUUUGUGGCUGGGUAUCAGAUGCUAGCAGAGGGAAGCUGAGUUAUGAUGUAUAUGUGUACUUUAAUAGACCAAAAACCUGUAGAGUUUGCACUUCCCUGUGUGCAGAUCUAGUAGAGCUAGGGAAUGUAAAUAUACUAGAUGCGGCGGUGCACCCCUGACGCAAGCUCCUUGUCUUCUCCUGGAUUUGUUGGACCCCAUCGUUACCAAAGUAUUAGCGUUCUAAAUAUAAAAGUGACUGUUGGAUUUCCAUUAACCAAAAUCCAAAA